AUGACCCUACAGACCUGUACUUUGCUGCACAUCCUUGUCCCUCACCUCCUUCUCCUGGCCCUGCUGCUGCUCCUCCAGGCCCGGCGGGGGUGCUGUCACCCCCAGUGUUUGGACUACAAGCCUCCGUUUGAACCCCGGCAGCCCCUGGCUUUCUGUAAGGAGUAUUCCAAGUUUGGAUGCUGUGAUCUGGAAAAAGAUGAGGAGAUAUCAGUCAAGUUCUACACCAUCAUGGACAACUUUGACCAUGCGGGUUAUAUGACCUGUGCCCAGUACAUACGCAGCAUCCUCUGCCAGGAGUGUUCUCCAUACGCCGCCCACCUGUAUGAUGCUGAGGAUGCAAACACACCCAUGCGCAUGCUGCCUGGACUGUGCGGUGAUUACUGCUCCGACUAUUGGCAGCAGUGUCGCUACACGCUCAGCCUCCUGUUGGAGGACUCGGGGAACCCGCAUCAGUUUGCAAACCUGACUGCAACUAUAGAAGACGAUCGCAGAAAGUUCUGCAAUUUUCUGGAGCUGAAGGACACACAGUACUGCUAUCCUAAUGUAUUGACAAAUGCAGAGCUAAAUGCUAACCUGGGCUUGGUACGUGAGGAUCAGAAAGGAUGUCUGGAGCUGUGCUUGCAGGAAGUGGCCAAUGGACUCCGUAACCCAGUAGCCAUGGUCCACGCAAAUGACGGCACCCAUCGAUUCUUUGUGGCUGAACAGCUGGGUUAUGUAUGGGUCUAUCUGGCCAAUGGCUCCAGGAUGGAUCGUCCUUUCCUCAACCUCACACAAGCUGUCCUCACAUCGCCGUGGGCUGGAGACGAGAGGGGCUUCCUCUGCAUAGCCCUACACCCAAGGAUCACCACGGUCAGAAAAGCCUAUGUGUACUACUCUGUGUCUGUCAAGAAAGAGGAGAGGAUACGUAUCAGCGAGUUCACACUGCAAACACAUGAUGACAACCAACUGGACCACUCCUCUGAAAGGACCAUUCUUGAGGUGAGAGAGCCAGCAUCCAAUCACAACGGAGGACAGCUUCUAUUUGGCCAUGACGAGUACUUGUACAUCUUCAUUGGUGAUGGUGGCCGAGCGGGGGACCCAUUUGGAAAGUUUGGCAACGCACAGAACAAAUCAACUCUCCUUGGCAAGGUGCUGCGUGUUGAUGUGGACAAUAAUGACGAUGGUGCCCCGUACAGCAUCCCCUCAGACAACCCAUUCUUGAGGGAGAAGGACGCUCGAUCUGAGAUUUAUGCCUAUGGAGUUCGAAACAUGUGGCGUUGCUCUGUUGACCGAGGUGACCCCGCUACAGGCCGAGGCGGAGGCCGGAUGUUUUGUGGUGACGUAGGCCAGAACAAAUAUGAAGAAGUGGACCUCAUUGUUAAAGGAGGCAACUACGGAUGGCGGGCCAAAGAAGGUUUCAGCUGCUACGAUCGCAAACUCUGUCAAAACUCCUCGCUAGAUGACAUCUUGCCUAUCUUUGCUUACCCCCACAAGUUGGGCAAAUCAGUGACAGGAGGAUACAUUUACAGAGGCUGUCAGAUGCCCAACCUCAAUGGACUCUACAUCUUUGGGGAUUUCAUGAGUGGGCGUCUGAUGUCUCUGAAGGAGAACGUCACUUCAGGUGAAUGGCAGUACAAUGAGGUCUGCAUGGCAAGAGACCAGACCUGCAGAUUCCCCAAACUCAUCAACAGUUACUUUAAAUACAUCAUCUCUUUUGCUGAGGAUGAAGCUGGGGAAAUGUAUUUCUUAGCCACCGGAGCCCCGAGUGCCACAGCUAGAGCAGGAGUCAUCUAUAAAAUAGUGGACCCUUCUAGGCGAGCAGCACCAGGGAAAUGCAGCGUCAAGCCAUCACCUGUUAAGAUAAAGGGGAAACUGAUUCACUUCUACCCCAAAGAAGAGUUUGUAAUCAACAAGAAACCAACCACCACAUCCGUACCCACGACAACCACAAGAAAAACUACAACGAAAGCACCACCAAGAAGAAAAUCACCUAUAAUAAUAAUAAAACCACCAUUUCCAACAAGAAAAACAUUAAGAAAAAUGCCACAACCACCAACAACAGCAACAACAAGAAAAACAAUAUUACAGACAAGAAAAACAACAAUGAGAACAACUUCACCACCACCGACAACACCAACCUUAAAAGCAGCAGCAACAAUAAAAACAACAACCAUACCAACAACGGUCCAGAUGACCAUGGCAACAACCCCCGCCACCACCUCACCCACUGGUUAUCGCACAACCGUCAUGACUGCAGCCUUCUCUAGGAUUGCUCAAAUCCCAAUCACCACACUUCCAACCAGAAGACACUGGAGACCCCUUCAGUACCCUUCUUUUACCACCUCCCAACCCUUGACCUCACCACCUUCUCCAUAUACAACAUCCCUUAAACUACCCCAGAUGGCUCUGACCUCUGCACGAUACUCUGAGCGUCCUGAAGCGUUGACCACACCACGAGCGCCAUAUUGGAGCCAGAAACCCACGGCAUCAGGCUCCAAGCCCCAGAGACCACAAAUCAACACAACGCUGCCCAAAACACAGGAAGACAGGCUGUGGUUUGGAGAGAAGCUGGAAAGCGCCGGGGAGGGUAACCAAGUCUAUAAGAGGCCGCGAGAAAGAGGUCCCGGCAACAAGAGAGGAAGAGGAGGAAGAAGGCUGCGUGUCGGCUCGGUGCGACUGGUGAGCGUAAAUAGUUUAUCAGAUCGUGGCAGAGUGGAGAUAUUUAUCCGUGGCGAGUGGGGGACAGUGUGCGAUGACCUUUUUACCAGCAAAGCAGGUACUGUAGUGUGUCGACAGCUCGGCUUCACAACAGCGUUGGCGGUGAUGAAGAGGGCUGCGCUGGGGGAGGCAGAACGCAGCGUCAAGAUCCUGUUGGAUGAUGUGGAGUGUGAGGGCGGGGAGAGAUCACUGCUGGAGUGCAAGAGAUCCAGGGUGGGGAAACACAACUGCUCACAUGGAGAAGAUGUAGGGGUGAUCUGCGGUUAG